GUUGUCCAGGAAACAACAAACCGCCAAAAGAGCAAUGGCCUAAAUCAGUGCAGAUCAUGAAAAGUAGUAGCAGAUUAAGAUAGUAUUGCAAAGGGGGUGAAAUAUGGAGGGGGAUGAAGAAUUUCUGGUCCCGCAGAAUUCUUUUGCUGAUGAGAGAGAUUUCACUAAUACUCCGAAAUCGCGGAAAGCGACUUUAAACUCUUUGGCAACGUCAACAUCUUAUAAUUACUCGAAAGAAGGAAGUGAUAGCAGACUAGCAAGAACACCAGCGCAGUCAUUUAAAUCUAGAACAAACGAUACUUUGUUGCAAGAACGGUCCAUCACUCAGCUAAGUGGGACUUCACUAACAGCUAACACAUCUAAUAUUUCUCAGAAAGUCUCCUCUAACCAAAUACUCUAUGACAUGUCAAUGCUCCGUAGUGGCCAUUCUGCUAUGCAUGAACUGAAGUCGCGUUUAUAUAAUCGCCCAGUUGACAGUGAAGUCUUCAAAACUCUGAACAACAAUGGAAGUUCAAACACAAAUUUAAAAAGCAAGAGCCUACCACACCCUCCAACAAAUGCAUCUCCAUCUAAAGUUCCAUACAAAACUAUGAUGCUGAAGAAAAAACAAGUUAAGCCUGAGACAGUACCAGAUGAACAAUCAGUAGAAGAAAAUUUUGCUCAAACCAAACCUCUCAAAGAUGAAAAUAACAGAGACCCCAAACAGUGGAAGGAGGAAUGUGCUGAAAAUUUUCCAAAUGAGAUUUUACUUAUCAUUUAUGAUCUAAGAAAGCGGCUUGGCUGGCCUUGUAAAGGCAUUGAACUAGGAGAAAUGCCAGUAGCAAAAAAGACAAUUGAUACAACAGAAAAAGAGUUGAAAGACGAUGGAGAAUUUAGGUACUGUAUUGACAGAGACCAUAGAAAGCCAAAGUCAAGAUACAAUCCAUAUGAUUUGGUAACCACAAAGCCAGAUAUAAUUAAAAAGAGUGAUAGAUAUUUCACUGUUACAGCUACCUAUGUUACUAUGGUGAGAAAGGGAGUAGAAGCAGAAGUAUCACCUGUUUUAGAUUGGCUUAAAGAAAGAAAGCUAUUUUUCAGCAUCUACAAGAUACCUUUCUUCGAUCAGUUCAGGAUUCGGAAAACUUUCCUAAACUGGAAAAAAAAUGUUCGAUCAGCUAGAAACACAGAAAGCAAAUUCUUUCUCGCUGAUUCUCUGCUGAUAUCAAACGGCAUUUUCCAAACAGCCUUGCUGCGAAUAAGAUCCCUCUGCGAGGACGCUUGUAGCAGUGGCAGUGGCAAAUCGAAUGAAGAAGAUAAGAUCACACUUCUAGAUACCGAAUGGUACAACACCAUGGUCCUAGGAGCCUUUUGCGAACGACAGCGCAGUCGAGUGGUUUCAUCGACUAAAAAACUGGCUGCACUUCGGAAAAAAGUCGUUGAAAUCGUCACAGAUGCUUGUGAGAAAGUAGUCCAGCUGGAAAAAGAACGCAUUGAAGCGACUAGAAAAGAUAUCGUAGACAAUUCAAACAAAAAGUUCACUGGCAACACAAAAGCAAAAGCCAAAUCUUUGCAGCUGACGAAAGAAAAAUACGGCAUAGGAGACGCAACAGACAAAUCCAAGAAGACCAAAGAAUCUGAGAAGAACAAGAACCCGUACAAGUACACCAAAUUGGCGGAAUGGCGCACCGUUCGCCAAAGGCUUCGUUCGUUUAUUCGCUGUGUGGAUUUCAUGGUAAUGGAGCUGCUAAAAAGACUGGUGACUGUCUCGGUAUCCAGCUUAAUUGGGCAGAUUGAAGCGUCCGUCAACAUGAAUAAACGACCGAAAUCUAGGGCCAUUGAUUGGAAUGAAAAGAAAAGAACCAGAUUCAGAGAUCUGGUGGAUAUUUUGAAAAUUGAAUCAAGCAUAACCUCUGCCAUGUUUGAGUUGGACCUUGUACUUGAAGAGAAAAGAAAUUAUUCCGCAAAAGCAAGAUCCCCAGAUUUGCAAAAGACAGCAAGGAAAGGUGUUCACUUUUCAUCGCUCUCCGAUGCAGCUAUUGCUGAGGAGGAGGAGUCAAGUUCUUCAUUUGAAGAAGAUUAUGAUGAAAUGUCUUCACAAUCUUCCUUCAACGAUGGCAACGAUGCGAUAGAGAAAAGCCACUCUAAACUGUCAAUGCGUUCAAUAAAGAUCUCAGUUGUGCAGCUUUCACCAAACUAUCAGGAUUUUGAAUCACAACUUCUGGACGUAAUAUACCAGUUUGAGCAAUCAAUUACGUCAUUCACGAGCUUACUGAAAGAGCCUGGUUUGCAACAAUUUAUUGAUGAAAGAGAGACUAUUCUUAUCUUAGAAUGUGAUAAAGAGGCGAUGGAGUUAAGCCGCUCGCAUGAGAAGCCUUGGCCGAGUGUCGAACUGCUCUUUGGCUCCGAUGAUGAAUACCAAAGAUACAUUGCAGAUAUCGUGCAGCAUAUUUCUGUGGAGAUAAGAAAUGUGGAGGAGUAUGCUGAUAUGUUUGUUGAUUUCUGCAAUAUGGUCGACACAGCAAGUAAAGUCAAUGUGGAGAGGGCUCUGCAAAGGCAAGUAUGGAGCGCUGAUCAGUUCAAUGCAGUACUUGGCCAAUUCACAGAUCAGAUAUCUGCAAUGAGCAGCAUGGCUGACGAAAAGAGAGUCGGUAUGUUCUUGGUGAAAUCAGUGAAGUUUAGAGAAUCCUGCUUGCCAUACCCACAAGGAAUUGUUGCUGCCGUUAGUCACCAUCUUCCGCAAAUAUCUUGUUCAAGGAAUGAGGCUCUGCUCAAAGUGAUCAAGAGCUCUGAACUAAAACUUGAAAGGACACCGUUCACUGUCGAAGAUUUCGUCGAGCAUCUUGCUUUCUUGGCACGCAUGUCCAACGAAGUGCCAUCUUUAGACAAAGAGUUCAAAGUAGUUUCUGGAUUGUUUCAAAUUGCCAUCAAAUUCUCCCUGGAUUUUAGUGCAGAAGAAUGGGCUCUUUACAGAACCCUUGGUCCUAGUUUUACCCAACUCAAGGCAACGAUUCUUUACUGCGAGGCAAAAAAAGACGAACAUAUACAAAAAUUCAUGAAAGAUCUCAAGAACAUGGUCGCUGAAUUGAGAAAGUAUUUGCACAACGUCAAGAACAAGGUGCGCUCCCCAGUGCUUCUCGAUGAAGACGUGGUGCCACAAGCUGCUAUGGAAAACAUUACAAUGUUGAUGGAAGAUGUUGAACUGAUUGGCCAAAGAUCCCGAAAUUAUGCAAGCUAUCAAGAUAGAUUUGGUGAUGCCCUGUCGACAGCCGUCAAAAAGAGAUCGCUUAUGCUAGAGGAGACUGGUUACGGCAUUUCUGAUCCGAACCUGAACUCUGCCUCAGUUUCCGCUCUUCAAAACGAUUUAUCAGAAGUGGAACGUGAUCUGACCCUGCGAAAAUUGUUAUGGGAAUCGAUGGAAGAAUGGGAGGUGCUUGUCAACCAAUGGAAAUCCACGCAUUUUGACGCUCUAGCUGUUGAUGAUGUUCAGAAAGACGUCACAAGAUUCGUGCAAACUGUAUUCCUUUUGGAGAAAGGUCUUCCACCGAAUCCAGUUGUUCCAAAAUUAAAGAAGAAGGUCAUGAAGUUUAAGCAGGGUAUGCCCGUUAUUAGUAGCUUGCGAAACACAGCCCUUCGGGAAAGGCAUUGGAAUGAAAUACAAGAAAUCAUUGGCACCAAAGUAGUGAGAGACAAGUUGUUUACAUUGGGUGAUUUGUUACAGUUAAAGAUAUUUCAAUACAAAGAGAAGAUUGCAGAAAUAUCCUCGCAAGCAAGUAACGAAGCAACUCUUGAGCAAAUGUUGCAGCGGGUCAUCGAAUACUGGAAUUUCACCGAUUUUCAGCUUGUUGCUCAUACAAGCAGAGACAUUGCAAUAAUUGUGAGUGCGGAUGAAAUUAUCACUACACUUGAAGAAUGUCAAGUCACACUUGGCAAUAUCAAAGGAUCUCGAUUUUCACAGCCAAUCAAGGGUCUUGUCGAAGAAUGGGAACGAAAACUGAAUUUGUUUGGCAGAACAUUUGAAGAGUGGAUGCUUGUACAACGCAACUGGCUGUAUCUGGAAACAAUAUUCUCGGCUGCAGAUAUCCAAAGACAAUUGCCAAACGAAUCAAAACUAUUCAAUGUCGUUGACAAGAACUGGAAGGACAUCAUGCGCAGAGUCAUUGAUAAUCCGAAUGCUCUCAAAGCCUCAACCGCGGCAGGUGUUCUUGAGAUUUUACAGUCAUGCAAUACAAAUCUUGAGAAAGUUCACAGGUCUUUGGAAGACUACCUGGAAACAAAGCGCCUCGUUUUCGCAAGAUUCUACUUCCUCAGCAACGAAGAGCUUUUGGAUAUCCUCGCCAAUACUAAGAACCCUGCAGCAGUUCAGCCUCAUUUGAAGAAAUGUUUCGGCAAUGUACAGGCCUUGGUGUUUCACCGAGAAACGCGAGCAACGCCCACUGUUAUAUCUAUGAUCUCAGAAGAAGACGAACGCUUGCCCUUGGCGAAAAACGUGCGUGCCACAGGGCCUGUUGAGCAAUGGCUGUUGAAUGUGGAGCAUACCAUGUUCGACACUGUCAAACUAAGCCUUAAAAAAGCAAUAACGGAUUAUACGAACAGUGACUACGUGGAAUGGGUUCUUGACCAUUCUGGCCAAGUUGAUAUUGCAGUGACUCAAAUCAUGUUCAACCGGUUAGUCACCGAAGCCUUAACGAGCGGAAGUAGCAUGACGUCACUAAAUGACGUUCGGACUAAGCUGGUUACGCUGCUAAACAGCCUCGCUUCUGUCGUCACGCGUGCACUGUCAACUCAUUUAUACCAAACUGUCGUGGCUCUCAUCAUAACGCUGGUUCAUUCAAGAGAUAUAACAAGGGACCUUAUCGUAGGCGACGUAACAUCAGCUGACGAUUUUGCUUGGACCAGGCACCUGCGCUACGAGUGGGACGAUGAAGGGAACACUUGCAGAGUUACACAAUCGCUGGCAUCCUUUGUGUAUGGCUAUGAAUACCUCGGGUGCUCUUCCCGUCUGGUCAUUACCCCCUUGACAGAUCGUUGCUACCUUACACUUACUGGGGCGAUGCAUCUUAAUCUCGGGGGUGCUCCUGCAGGACCUGCAGGCACGGGCAAGACAGAGACAGUUAAAGACCUCGCAAAGGCGAUGGGUAAACAAUGUCUGGUAUUCAACUGCUCUGAAGGCCUGGAUUUCAAGAUGAUUGGCAAGUUUUUAUCCGGACUUGCACAAUCUGGCUCCUGGUGUUGCUUUGACGAGUUCAAUCGAAUUGACAUCGAGGUCCUCUCUGUUGUCGCGCAGCAACUUCACUCUAUCAAAGUGGCAAAAGAUACAUCAGCAGUAAGGUUUUUCUUCGAGGGACGCGAUAUCAAACUCAAUCCAUCAUGUGGAGCCUUUAUUACCAUGAACCCUGGUUAUGCUGGUCGAGUUGAUUUGCCAGACAACCUCAAGUCACUGUUUAGGCCAGUGGCAAUGGUGGUUCCUGAUGACGCAUUGAUUGCUGAAAUCAUUCUCUUUUCUGAGGGUUUUGAAGACGCAGCAUCGUUAUCACGGAAGUUAGUGAAUAUUUACCAGCUGGCGAGCAAGCAGCUUUCGCAACAGGAUCAUUACGAUUUUGGUUUGCGAGCGAUAAAAGCCGUUCUCGUUAUGGCAGGACAGCAAAGAAGAGCGGCAAGUCUCGAACGGCACGUGUCCACAAGUGAAGAAGCCUGUGUAAUGAUAAACGCAAUCAAAAAUGCAAACAUGCCGAAAUUUAUUUCUGAUGACGUUAACUUGUUCGAAAGGAUCCUGGCGGAUAUUUUCCCAGAAAUGAAGCCCCCAGCACCAGAUCACGUUGCUCUCGAGAAAGCCAUUGGCGUAGCGCUUCGGGAACUGUCCUUUCAAAGAUGGCAGUCCCAAAUCGAGAAGAUUAUUCAAUUAAAUGAGACGUUGCUUGUGAGGCAUGGGGUGAUGCUGGUCGGGCCAACCGGAGGAGGAAAGUCAACCAUACGUAAGAUAUUGCGCAAGUCUUUGGUGCUGUUACCAAGCUUCCAUGGAAGCGAGGAUGAGGAAGUUGCAACUGUAGAUGGCAGCGAGAUGACGUCAUUAGUAGCUCAACAGGUAAACCUUACGAAAAAAGGCACCGUUGACAUGUUCUCAGUGAACCCAAAAUGCAUUUCUCUCGGUGAAUUGUACGGUGAAGUUGACCAGAUGACGAUGGAGUGGUCAGACGGAUUACUUGCUGCUGCUAUCAGAGUGUUCGCAAAACACCGCAGCACUGCCAAUAAAGACAGGGGGUCUGACAGUGCUGGUGCGGAUUCAAGUUUGCCUGUGUCAAGGAACAGUUCCCGGAUGUCAAAAGUAUCUAAUGACUUUGAAAUGGAUGUGGGAGAUUCACAAUCACAACAGGCGAUCACUGAUUGGCAAUGGGUUGUUCUUGAUGGUCCUGUUGACACCAUGUGGAUAGAGAACCUGAAUACGGUCCUUGAUGAUACAAAAGUUCUUUGUCUUGCUAAUGGGGAACGGAUUCCAUUGAAACCAACGAUGCGAAUGAUAUUUGAAGUCGAUACUCUUUCCCAGGCCUCUCCAGCCACCGUAAGCCGUUGUGGUAUGGUGUAUUUAGAUCCUUGCAAUCUUGGAUGGAGGCCUUUUGUCAGAUCAUGGCUGAAUAAGCUUAGAGAGAAAAAGGUUCCUGAAAGCGGUCGUGAUCAUCUACACAAACUGUUUGAGAGCACCAUAGACCCGGGUCUACAGUUCCUUGAAGAAAGCAGAAGUUUCGUAUCAAUCGCUGCUCCCCCGUUGAGCGUUGUGAGUACUCUUUGCAGUAUCCUCAGUGCACUAAUUGACCACGUUGCCAAGGACGGGGGUUUCGGUGAACCAUCUCAAGAGAAUGUACCAGAAACAAGCUCGACAAUAUUGUCAACAACAGACUUCGCUAAGUCAAUGUCAUCGAAUGAUUUCUUUGUCUUUCACAUAAACACAAAGAAACAGUCUUACCUAGAGCGAAACCCCACUCAUUUGCCGCAGUUCUUCGGAAAACUGUAUGUUUUUUCAUUUAUCUGGGCUUUUGGUGGAAACUUCAACUGCCCCAGCGAUGAAUCAAUGUCUGAUAUCGAGACUUCGUCACACAGCAACACCCUUAACGAUGUACCAAAUGCCCGUAACAGUUUCGACACGUUUGUGAAAGAUCUCUUCGAAUCGAAACCCUCGCUUGAAGUGCGCCUGCCUGCUGGCAACAACAGUCUCUAUAAUUAUUACGUUGAUUUGGACAAGGGUCAGUUCACACUUUGGGAAAAUCUUGUACCCAGUAGCGAUGCACUGAUUGAGAAACAUGUCGCCAAUCAAAUUGCAAUUUCUGACACAAUGAAUUUACUUGAUGAUCCUAUGCCUAGCAUGAGCGAUUUCGAGACACGGGCUUUAAUUCCAACGGUAGAUAGUGUUCAGUAUAGUUUUAUUCUAAGUCUUCUGGCUCUGAGCAGCAGGCCUGUUCUGCUCACAGGGGACACAGGUGUUGGCAAAAGUGCAUUAGUACGGGACGUUUUAAAGAGAUUGUCACAAGAAGGUGGAGCAGGCACGGGCCCUGGUACCAUUCUUGGCUCGGUUCUUUCAUCGGGUGGUUCGAGUCUGUUAGAAAGUAUCGUCGAGAAUUCAACGGAAAGGGAUGGGCGAAGAAAGAAGACAGUGUUCAUAUCUCAUAUGCAGUUCUCUGCUCACACGUCAACACUGAGGACAAGAAGGCUGAUUGAAUCGAAGUUAGUCAAGAGAGGGAGAGACACUCUUGGGGCAAAGCCAGGAAAGAAGGUAAUCGUGUUUGUUGACGACAUGAAUAUGCCCCAGCCAGAAGUCUACGGUGCGCAGCCGCCAUUGGAGUUGCUUAGAAGUUUCCUGGACUCAGGAGGAUUUCACGAUUCCAAGAAAUUGAACUGGAAAGAAGUCCAUGACGUCACCUUGUUAUCAGCCUGUGCACCUCCAAGUGGUGGUCGUCAUGCAAUCAGUCCGAGGCUCCUUCGACAUCUAAGUGUGUUUUGCCUUCCACCACCAUCCUCUCAUUCACUGCAUCACAUAUUUGGCACGAUCCUCGGGCGCUUUCUGGAGCCUCAAGAAUUUUCAGCGGAUAUCAAGUCAAUGCGAAACGACAUUAUAAUUGCCGCCAUUUGGAUGUACCAGCAAAUCGAGGCAAGCAUGCGCCCGACUCCGUCGAAAUGUCAUUACUUGUUCAAUUUACGGGAUUUGUCCAAGGUAAUCUAUGGGCUUCUGCAAGCACAUCACUCUAGUAUCAAAUCUCGCGAGCACUGGAUCGAGCUGCUGUGCCAUGAGUACGCAAGGGUCUUCUAUGAUCGCCUCACCGAUGACAAUGAUCGAGGACAUUUCUGUAACAUAAUGAAUCGAGCUCUGAAAGACAAUCUAAAGGUUAAAUGGGCAGAAGAUAAAUACGGACCAGAUACUUUGGUAUUUGGAGACUUUCUCGACUUGAAUGCAGGAGAGCAUGAUCGAUUUUACCGUUGUGUCAGAGACCCCAAGCAGUUAGCACAGGUGCUGGAGGACUACCGAGACCGUGCCAGCAUUUCGGGGAAGUCUCUCAGCCAAUCGUUGGUCUUCUUUCAGCAAACGAUCCAGCAUAUAGCGCGGGCUGCCCGCGUUUUCAGACAGAGAGAAGGUCAUAUGCUUCUUGUUGGCAUUGGAGGCAGCGGAAAAUCAAGUGUUGCUGAAUUGGCUGCGUAUAUUGAGUUUUGCACAUUCAUCAAGCCUUCCUUAACACGCAAUUAUAGUCACUCGGAUUUUCGAGAUGACAUCAAGAAGGCCUAUAUGACUGCUGGCGUGAAAGGGCAAAAGACUGUUUUAUUUUUAUAUGACUCACUCAUUGCUAAGGAAAUCUUUUUGGAAGAAGUCUGCAGCCUUCUUAAUCUCAGUCAAGCUCCAGAUAUUUUUGACGAAGAGGACAAGGAGCGAAUCUCUUUGGAACUAAAAAAAGAAGCAAUUGAGCAAGGCAUCCACGAAUCAAAAGAACACGUGUUUGAGUUCUUCUUAUCACGGGUCCGCUCGCGGUUGCAUUUGGUAUUUGCUACCAGCCCAUCCGGAUCCUUGUUCCGUCAAAGGUGUCGACUAUACCCAUCAUUAAUAAACUGUUGUACUAUAGACUGGUAUGAUGAGUGGCCUUCUGAGGCUUUACAGGCAGUUGCGCAGGCGCAUUUAGACGCCAAAGAUUUCAGUGAUGAUGAGUCUAAUGCCUUGCUCCUGCAUCAGGCCAUUUCAAACUCGUGUGUUUCGAUACACAAGAGCGUCGAGGCAGCCUCCGCAGCAUACUUGCAGGAACUACAGAGGCACUUUUAUGUCACACCGCGAAGUUAUAUCGAAUUCAUACAGUUGUAUCGGUCAUUGCUUGAAAAGAAGCGACGAGAAUAUAAUUUCAAUCUACAAAGAAUGUCAACGGGGUUGAGGAAAGUUGCAGAGUCUAAAGAAAUGGUCAGUGUUAUGAAGGAGGAGCUUGUUAAUUUAGGCCCAGUCUUGGAACAAAGAUCCAAGGACACUGAGAAUUUGAUGGCGCAGCUCGCAAAGGACAGAGAGGCUGUUGACAAGGUACGGGCUGUUGUGCAGCGCGAGGAAGACAUAACUGACAAAGAGGCGAAGCGAGUAGAAGCCAUUGCGGAAAGUGCCAGAAAGGAUCUGGAACAUGCUAUGCCACAGCUGCAGAUUGCCAUUGAAAUGCUGGAUGCAUUAAACAAAAAUGACAUUGUUGAGGUGCGAGCCUACACAAAGCCACCAACAAUGGUGAUGACAGUAAUGGCCGCGGUUUGCACCCUUCUGGGGCAAAAAACAGACUGGAAGACGGCAAAGCAUCUGCUGGGAGAGCAAGGCUUCCUGAAAAGACUCGUUGGCUAUGAUCGUAAUAGCGUCACAAAUCGCAUUUACGACCGCGUAAAGAAGAUUACGAAGAAUCCUGAUUUCAACCCAACAGCGAUUGGCAAGAUCUCGAAAGCAUGCAAGAGCAUGUGUGCCUGGGUAUUAGCACUGCAGAAUUACACUGAGGUUUAUCGAAUGGUGCUACCGAAACAGCAGAAAUGUGAAGAAGCACAAGAGGCAUUGGCUGUGGCAUACGAAAAUCUGCAGCAGAAGCGAUCGGCAUUAAAACAGGUUCAAGACCAGUUGGAUUCCUUGCAAGCACAAUAUGACGACAGCUUUGCUGAGCUUGAAUUUUUGGAAAACAAAAAGGAACAAAGUAUUGUUCGCUUACGACGAGCUGCAAUUUUGACAAAGUCUCUUGCUGAUGAAGAGGUUCGCUGGGAGAAGUCGGUGGAGAGUUUAAGCACCCAAUCUGACGGACUUAUCGGAAACACUUUGCUGGCUUCGGCUUCCAUUGCGUAUACCGGUGCACUCACCGUCUCUUAUCGCAAUGACCUUUUGCGUCAAUGGUGCAAUACGUGUAAGCAACUAGGCGUUCCUCUCACCGAAAGCUACAAUGUCAUUGACUACCUUACCGAACCGAUAACAAUUCAAGACUGGCGAAACCGAGGCUUGCCUCAUGAUCAAGUGUCUGUAGAGAAUGCUAUUUUCAUAACGAACACUCUACGAUGGCCAUACAUCAUUGAUCCUCAGAGCCAGGCAAUACGCUGGGUGCACGAGCUUGAAGCAGAGAAUGGCAUUAAGGUUAUCAAGGCCUCUGAGAUGAAUUUAAUGAGAGUUUUGGAGCCAGCCCUGCGGUUGGGUGAACCAGUUAUUAUUGAGGAUGCUCCUGAUACGCUUGACCCUGCACUUGAUCCCAUUUUAAACAUGAACACAAGAUCUACAGAACACAACACGACGGUCAAGAUCGGCGAAACAGAAAUUGAAUAUAAUCCAAAAUUUCGCUUGUAUAUAACAACCCAGUCAGCCAAUCCACAUCUUCUCCCUGAAACAUGCAUCAAGGUAUGUGUAGUGAACUUCACUGUGACGUUGGAAGGCCUGCAAGACCAGCUAUUAUCAAACGUUGUUCAUCAAGAAAGACCUGAUUUGGAGACACAACGGUGCAUGUUGCUCGAGAGUCUGGUCAACGACAAAAUGAGGCUGCAGAAAAUAGAGGAUCGCACUCUUGAUCUGCUUAGCACGUCAAUAGGCAAUGUGCUGGACGAUGAAAACUUGAUCAACACACUUGACAAUAGUAAAGACAUGGUUGGCACUAUUCAGCGGAGGCUCAAGGAUUCUAACGAAACGCAAGAAAGCAUUCAAGGCAACAGGAUCGUUUAUAGUCCCGUUGCAGAUCGCGGUGCCAUUCUGUAUUUUGUUAUGAGCGAUUUAGCUGCUAUUGACGUCAUGUACCAGUUUUCACUAAACUGGUUCAUAGCCCUGUUUUCUAGCUGUAUAUCUACGUUUGAGACGUCAACCAUUGAUAGCACUGGGGCUUCUAUAGCCAGCAAGACGUCAACAAGUACAGGCAGCAGAAAGAUCAGUCUGAUCGAGAAGGCAAGAUCGUUUGCAGCUAGGAAACAAUUGAAGCAUCGUCGGUCAGAAACGAAUAGAACACACCUAAUGAAUGCUGGGAUUGAUCAGUACUUGAGGACCAUGAUCGAGUUAAUCACAGAGACAGUAUACAGGGUGGUGUCUCGUGCAAUGUUUGCGCAACACCAGAUUCUCUUUUCCUUCUACUUGUGUGCUCGAAUACACAUGCACAGGUCUACUGUUGGCAAGCAGCUUGUUGAAGACAUUGAUUGGCAAUGUUUCCUUUAUGGAAGCAAAACAAAGCUCUUUAGCACUGGGGAUGAGAAAGAACUAUCGCCUCGAAGAGAAGGAUCGAGCACAUCUGUUACAGCUCAGGGAUCUUUGGGUCAGUUAAUAACAGCAAUGACAAAACCACCGGCAAAAUGGAUUUCUCAAGAUUCCUGGCAAGAAUGUUUACAGCUAUCUGACAUGAUCUCAUCUUUCUCCGGGAUUUGCAGUCAUAUUGUCAAUAACCCACAAUACUGGCUGUCAUUCUAUAAUUCAACUGAGCCAUUCAGGUACCUUGGUGAAUAUGAUGAAUCCACUGGCGACGCUAAUUCGAAUAAAAAAGCAUCCACAGGGUGGUCACCAAACCAACUGACGAACUUCCAGCAACUAAUUCUGAUCAAAAUCUUCCGCUCUGAGUGCCUGCUUGCUUCUGUAAGAGAAUACGUUGUCUCGGAAAUGGGAGCUAAGUUCGUCACGCCGGCUGGUUUUGAUCUUCAAGAAUUUUUCGAGGAUUCAAAUUGCAGAACUCCUCUUAUCUUCAUUUUGUCGCCAGGAUCCGAUCCAACAUCCGAAUUGCUGAGGUUCGCUAAAGACGUCAGAGGCAGCACACUUCAUUUGGACAUGAUAUCGCUUGGAAGAGGUCAGGGGCCUAAAGCGGAGGAGCUCAUUAAGAAAGCCUAUUCCCAAAAGGGGAAGUGGGUCUUCCUGCAGAAUUGUCAUCUUGCUGCAUCGUUUAUGCCAAAUCUAAGGGAAAUUGUUCGCGGCAUUUGUAACCCUGCAACUGACGUGGACCCUCAAUUCCGGCUUUGGUUAAGUUCAAAACCUGACCUGGUAUUUCCAUCGCCGGUUCUUCAAGCCGGGCUGAAGAUGACAGUUGAACCACCACCAGGGUUAAAAGCCAACUUGCAACGCUCGCUUGCUAAUGUAACUGGUAUAUUGGGAGAGAAGAUCAGCAAAAGUAAUUUCGAAUCGAUUGAAUGGAAACGGCUUCUUUUUGGGUUGUGUUUUUUCAAUGCAGUUGUUCAGGAGAGGCGAAAAUUUGGCUCUCUUGGUUGGAACAUCUCCUAUGAGUUUAUUAAUUCUGACCUCGAGGUCUCUGUAUUGACUCUGUAUGAUCUGUUAUCGGAAAAUCGAAAGGUUCCUUGGAAAGCUUUAAAACUCUUGACUGGUGAAAUUAUCUACGGUGGGAGAGUGACAGACACCUGGGACCAGAUCCGACUUCUAAGUUUGCUGGAAGCCUUUUUCAACGAACAAAUUCUAAACGAUGGAUAUCUUUAUCUGGGGCUUGAGUCUUACGAGUGCCCAGAUAAGAAUAUUGAGUUCGAUGAGCUUAAAUGCUGCGUGGAGAGCUUGCCAUCGAUGGACCCUCCAGAGGUUUUUGGGAUGCAUCCAAAUGCAGAGACUGAGCACUUGAAGCACAGCAGCAAGCGAAUUGUGGAGUCUCUUAUUUUAAUGCAACCAAGAACUAGUGUCGUGCUUGGACAGGGCAAAAGUAACGACGAACGAGUUUUGGAAGCUAUCGCCGACAUCGACCGUGUUCUUCCAACUGAAGUGCCAGUUCAUAGCGCAGGUCCGAGCAGGGCAUCCACAAAAACUCCGUCAAGAAAGACCCCAUCAAGAUCCUCAUCAAAAUCGAUGCCAGUGUAUCAUUUUCAGAAAAGAGAAUCAGGCAUUUUGACAAACGAACAAGCCAGCGCUUCUGCCCUAGUCGCCUUCUUGAGGCAAGAGCACCUUCGAUACAAUGAGCUGUUGCAAACUGUGCAUGCUUCUCUUGAUGCCCUUCAGUCCGCUGUGAGAGGUGAAAUUGUCAUGUCUGAAACACUGGAGGCUACCUACUCAGCACUUUUACACAAUCACGUGCCCCUUGAAUGGAAGAAAAUGUCAUAUUCUUCUGUGAAGCCCCUUGCAUCUUGGAUAGACAAUUUGAUGAAGAGAAUUGAUUUUAUUGGACGUUGGAUAGAUCUGGUAAAGGCUAAAGAAAAGACUCUGUCGAGACAGCAGAGCAGAACAUCUUCAUCUCAGUUCAGUGUUCCUUCAGACAGUCCACGUUGCUUCUGGUUGCCGGCAUUUUACUUUCCACAAGGUUUUCUGACUGCAGUCCUCCAAUCUCACGCAAGACAAAAUUCCGUGGCAGUCGAUUCUUUAUCAUUUGAAUACCAAGUCACAAACAGUUACUGGUGCCCACAAGAUACUGGUAGCGACAAAGACAUUGACAUUAAUGCUGUAUCUUUUGAGGCUGGCAGUUUUGUGGACAAAGGCAUUCUAAUCGCCGGACUGUUUCUGGAUGGUGCCAAGUGGAACGUGAAUGAGAACACUCUGGAGGAGUCCUCGCCUAAGCAAAGGUUUUCUCCUUUGCCUGAAGCACAGUUAGUGCCUACUCAGGUCGAAAGAACCUCUAAGCAAGAUGAAAAAGAAGACAGUGGUCGAUCAUACCUGUGUCCUGUGUACCAAACAUCUUUGCGAACAAGUUCAUUGACAUCUUCACGUCAUACAAUGAAUUUCGUUUCUUCGAUUCGACUCAGAACAAGCGUACAUGAAGACCAUUGGAUAAGGCGGGGAGUCGCACUCUUGUGUCAGACAGAUGACUGAUAAUAUCACAAUGAAUGGGAAGAAAUUGUACUUUUGUUUUGUAUUAACAUUGCCUUCAUAUCGUUAUUU